CAUUAGACUUCCUCGAUUAUGGUGAUUGGUGACCACAUAACGAAAUGUUCAGCCGGUAAAAUAACCAGUCAUCAUCCUCACCAAAACUAGACUAGAUAGACGAUAGUGGAGGAAAUAAGAAAUGGGUACGAAACAGUUACAACUGCCACUAACAUCAUCAUCAUCAUCAUCAUCUUCUUCAUCUUUUACUGGACCGUCUUCCCUUUUAUCUCACCGCUACCAUUGUUGUAGCACCACCACCACCUCACUGCCUUUCAAUCGCACCACCACCAACAACCACAUUGCUAACACUACUCUCUCUCUUUCCCUCAACCAUGUCAACCGCCGUCUCCGCCGUCGUUCAAUUCAACUCGCCCGUUUUGGUUUGGAUGACUCAGUAGCUUGGACUCCUGCUACCGCCACCGCUUUCGAGGAAGAGGAAGACGAUGUAGAACCAGAACCUACUCCGGGGAUUCUCGAGUACAUUGGCCAAAUUAAUAGAGUUUUGGAGCUGCUGAAGAAGAACAAGGAUAUUCUUUUUGGGGAGAAAUGGCAGAGGAGAUUUAACUGUACUCCGCUUUUGGAUUUCAUCAAUUUAACUUGGGAGACAGGUAGAAGUGAAGAGAACAGUGGUGGAAAAGGAAUAGAGUUGAAUAAUCGAAGGCAUAUCCUAUUGUCAUCAGUUGGAAUUAGUGCCGGCUACCUUCUGAACGCUGCAGCUCCUGCUGUGGCUGCUUCUUCACGCUCUGGAUUUGCAGACAUGCCAGCGCUUAGGGGAAAAGAUUAUGGCAAGACCAAAAUGCGUUAUCCUGACUAUACCGAAACUGAAAGUGGCCUCCAGUUCAAGGACUUGAGAACAGGAACUGGUCCAACCCCUAAGGUUGGGGAGACUGCAGUGGUAGAUUGGGCUGGAUACACGAUAGGAUACUAUGGGCGCAUAUUUGAGGCUCGUAAUAAGACAAAGGGUGGUUCCUUUGAGGGUGAUGACCAGAACUACUUCAAAUUCAAGAUAGGAUCCCAUGAGGUCAUUCCAGCAUUUGAGGAAGCUGUCACAGGCAUGUCAUUUGGUGGAAUUAGAAGGAUUAUAGUGCCUCCGGAAUUGGGAUACCCUGAAAACGACUACAACAAAAAGGGCCCUAAGCCAACAACAUUCUCGGGGCAAAGGGCGUUGGAUUUUGUGUUGAGGAACCAAGGACUCAUAGAUAAGACACUGUUGUUUGAUAUCGAACUCCUGAAAAUCAUACCAAAUUGAAAGUUGCUGCUACAGCAGAUUUUUUGUACAUUGGUUUUUGGCAAAACAGAGGGUUUGCCACGUGCUUUCGAGACACCCAACUUAUCAAACGGCAAUGUAGUGAUUCGUCUUUACAUGUACACUACUGCGUUGCCUGAAACAUGUAAUGUGUAACACAUUGUUAUUUUUCCUUGUCUGUAACACUUUUUUUCGGCUGUAGCUAUUUGUUGAAGACGAAAUGUGUGAUUAAUGAGGUUUUCAAAUUGCGUGACAGAA